AUGGAGCCAGGCACCAAAUCACCGCCUGUCGAGCUUGAGAACGUCGACAAAACUCAUAAACAUCAAAAAGAUGGGGAUCUCCACCAUGACAUUAUCGAUCCUAGGGCUAUUGGAGGAGAUUUGGCGAGUAUGCCAAAAGGUCUUGUUAAUGCAGCCCUUGGCCCUUCACCGAACUUCGUCUGGCUUGCUGUUUCUUGGACUGCUGGUUUCUCAGUCGGAUUCACGCUUGUUGGAAGAUUGAGCGAUAUCUUUGGGAGGAGGUGGUUUUAUAUUGCGUGUUCGAUGCUGGCGCUGAUUGCUAAUAUCAUUGGGGCGGCGGCGCAGAGUGUGGACAUGUUAAUUGUGAGUCUCAUUUCCUUUCUACCCUCUCAUUGGUUUCCGGAAAAUUCCCAAGGAUGGGCCAUGAUGCGUGGAUAUCAACCACAAACCCUAAGCAACAAGACGUCCAAAGCUAACCUCCACAACCAGGCCACCAACACCCUUAACGGUCUUGCAUCAGCCGGCCAACUCUCCUUCUUUAUCGUCAUCGCCGAGCUAGUCCCCAACAGCCGUCGCGGCCCCUUCAACGCCAUCAUCCUCGCAACUUCCACCCCCUUCGCCGUUUUUGGCCCCCCAAUCGCCCGAGCCUUCUUCACAAACACAGCUCUCCAAUGGCGCUGGUCCUACAUCCUCGGCGUCAUCGUCAACACCCUCGCCGUGGUGCUGUACUUCUUCUUCUACCACCCACCCACCUACGAAAUGCUCCACGUGGGCGGCAAAGGAAAGCCCCGCCAACUCGCCACCCUCGACUGGCUCGGCAUCGCCCUCUUUGUCUCUGGCCUGACGGUCUUCCUGAUCGGCCUCAACUGGGGCGGCUCCUCCUACCCCUGGAAAUCAGCACACACGCUCGGCGCCCUCCUCUCCGGCUUCGCCACCCUUGUGAUCUUCUGCAUCUGGGAAGCAUACUGCGGACUCGAGUACCCCUUGAUCCCUAUGAGCUUGUUCAAAUCCCUGAAAUACGACGUUCUUACUAUAUGUGCUAGUGUGGGCUGCAUGGUAUACUACUCUAUGACCGUCAUCUGGCCCACCAUGGCAGGCGUCCUCUACAGCGCCGACGUCAAAGAGGUCGGCUGGCUGUCCUGCGCUGUCGGCGGCGGCCUCCUCCUCGGCCAGAUCCUCGGCGGCUUCUGCCACCGCUUCUUACCUAAGAUCAAGUACCAAAUGAUCGUCGUCUCCGCGUUCAUAGCCGCGUUCGUCGCCGCGCUGGCGAGCAGCACGCAGCGCACCCGCUCGCAGACGGUUGCGUUCAUGGUGCUCGGCGCGACGGCGGCAGGCUAUGUGGAGAGCGUGACGCUGUCGAGCUAUGCGUAUUUCUUCGCAGCGGACGACAUCGGCCUCGUCUCUGGGGCGGCGGGCGCGAUUCGGAUUGCCUGUGGGGCGGUGGCGACGAGUAUGUAUUCCAGCAUUCUUUCCUCGAAGCUGAGCACGUAUCUGCCGGAGUAUGUCACGCCAGCCGCAACAGCUGCGGGGCUUCCGGCGGCGAGUUUGCCGGCGCUAUUUGAGGGGACUACGGCGGGCUCGUUUGCGGGAGUGCCGGGGAUUACGGAGGGGAUUGAGGUGGUGGUGGGGGAGGCGGUUAAGCAUGCGUACUCGGAGAGUUUUAGGAUUGUGUUUCUUUGUACGCUGCCGUUUGGGGCUAUUAGUCUCGUUGCGGCGUUUUUCUGUCCGAAUGUGGAUGAGUUUUUAGUUAGUGAUGUGGCAAGGAAGUUGCAUAGGGGCGGAGUGAAGACGGGCGUGGAGGGAAAGACGGAUGAUGGGGAGGAUGCGGUGUAGAGGAUGAUGAAUUCAUGGCUGAGGAGCGCGAGAGCUGUGUAGCAAUGGGAUAAGAAGAAAAGGGGGGAGAAAAGGGGAUGGAGGCUCCGUGAAUAUUAAGAUAGAACUCGUUGAAUAGCCGAGAAAUUCUUUAAUUUCAAGAGAGAAAUGGAUGCAGGCUAUGUAGAGGCCUAGAACGCGAGAUGGAG